CUUCCACGCACUCUCGCGUCCUCCAACUUCACUCCUCUCUUCAUGAGCUCUCAUAUGCCACAGUCGACACAAUAAUUCCGUAUCAUCCUUCACCAUGCACCUCCAUUCCCAUCCCCUCCCUCUCCAAAACCCACAACCAUAAUGGCUACCCUCCCUAGUACCUCACAGACUCAAAUCCUCCACGCCUACCGCCGCCUCCUAAAAGCAUCUCUCCGCGCAAUCCAAUACGCCAAACCCGCCCGCUACACCGCUCUGCAGCACCUCCGCGACGCUUUCCGUCUCUCGCCUGCGUCAGCCUACGACGAAAUUUCCAUCACGCGCACGCUAGAAUUCCUUGACCACGCGGCUAAGACGAGAGGCCUGGAGCACAGGAUUGUGAAGAAUCUGGUGCGGGUAUGGGGCGAGCGUAGGGCGUUGGUGUACUCUUCGGGCAAUGUACGCCGCGAAGUCCUGGCGCUCCGAAGGGAGGCAUAUGACGAUUUCGACCGCACGGUCGCAAACUUGAACGAGAGCUUGGGGCUGUGUAUCAAGUGAACUCCCCUUAGUCUGGUUUGCCUACGGAUCAAUGGAUGAUGGACGAGUGUUCCGACUGUGAGCCAGAGGGUCGAUUGCAGGCUACGAGUGCGCUGGACUCCCGAGGCUGUAUUGCUGGCUUAGAGGUCAAAUCAAGGGACUGAUUACUCCGCCUUGUAUCCUGCCGUCCAUGACGA